AUGUCCUCCAACGUCGGCCUCACAACCCCGCGCGGCAGCGGCACAUCAGGCUAUGUGCAGCGCAACUCCGCUCUCCUCAAACCCCGCAACACAGGCUACGGUGCUCCCUAUCCACCCAUCAGCGGCGCGAACGGCAGCGGCACCAUGGACCGACCGUUCAAGCAGCGAGUGCCGGACAAGCAGAUCCUCGAGCACGACCGCAAGCGUGCGAUCGAGGUGAAGGUGAUGGAGGAGCGGGAGCGCCUGGAAGAGGAGAAUGAGCGGAUUGAAGAAGAGGCAGAUAAGAAGAAUAAAGGGAAGAGCGAGGGCAAGAAGGAGCAGGAUGGCGAAGCGGAUGAGGGGGAGAAGGUGCUUAGUGAAGAGGAGAUUGAUGAGCGGUGUGAUGCUCUUCGACAGCUCUUGUUGGUGAAGCUCGAGGAGGAUUUGAAGCGCUCAGAGUCGGGAUUCAAGAAACCGUUCGCUGGAUCUGGGGCUGGGGCUGGGGCUGCGGCAGGGAGGGAUAGACGCAAUCUCAAGUCUUAUCAGGUUCAUGAGCUUGCUGAGGCGAAGAUUGAGGAGACGGAGAGGUUACGGAGGGCUUUUGGGUUGAGGGAGGAUCGGGAGACGGGGGAGAUUUCUAGUUCAAGGGAUUAUCGGGAGAAGAGGAGGGAUUAG